AUGAACCCUUCGGCGACCUUCCUCGCCGGGCGCCAGAACAUCGGGUCAGAAGUUGAGAUUUCCACUAUUGAGAAACAACGGAAGGAGCUGCAGUUGCUCAUCGCAGAAUUAAAAGACCGAGAUAAAGAGCUCAAUGAUAUGGUGGCAGUGCACCAAAGACAACUCCUUUCGUGGGAAGAGGAUCGGCAGAAAGUGUUGACUUUGGAAGAACGUUGCAGCAGAUUAGAAGCUGAACUACAUAAAAGAACAGAAAUAAUCAGGUCCCUCAUGAAGAAGGUAAAAACCCUCGAAUCCAAUCAGAUUGAAUGCCAAACAUCUCUUCAGAAGACGCAACUACAGCUUCAGGAAAUGGUUCAAAAGGCAACACAUUCUUCUCUCCUCGCUGAAGACCUGGAGGCUAGAAACGAGACCCUGAGCAACACAUUAGUGGAACUUUCUGCUCAGGUAGGACAAUUGCAAGCUCGAGAACAAGCUCUCACGACAAUGAUAAAGCUAAAGGACAAGGAUAUUAUUGAGGCGGUCAACCACAUCUCAGACUGCUCGGGGAAAUUUAAGCUGUUAGAACACGCUUUGCGCGACGCCAAGAUGGUGGAGACUUGCAUUGUGAAAGAAAAGCAAGAUUAUAAGCAGAAACUGAAGACACUUAAGAUUGAAGUCAAUAAACUGAAAGAGGACCUCAGCGAAAAGACCACAGAAAACAACGAACAGCGAGAAGAGAUCAUUCGCCUCAAGCAGGAGAAAAGCUGCCUCCACGAUGAAUUGGUUUUCACUGUAGAGAGAGAAAGGAGGAAAGAUGAGCUGCUUGAUAUUGCAAAGUCAAAGCAAGAACGUACAAAUUCAGAACUGCAUAACCUGAGACAGAUUUACGUAAAACAACAGAGUGAUCUGCAGUUUCUUAAUUUCAAUGUGGAAAACUCUCAGGAAUUAAUACAAAUAUAUGACUCAAAGAUGGAGGAAUCAAAGGCCCUGGAAUCCAGCAGAGACAUGUGUUUAUCAGACCUUGAAAAUAAUCACCCAAAAGUCGAUGUUAAGAGGGAAAAAAAUCAGAAGUCACCGGUUAAGGACCAAAAAUUUGAGGCCAUGUUCAUUCAGCAAAAUAGAUCAGACAAGAGCCCUUGUGACGUAUGCAAAGAGAAGAAACUACAGAUCAAUUCUGCAUUUGGGGGAAAAAGUGUCAUUACUCUGUCAUCUGUAUUUACAAAAGACUUAACGGAGAAACAAAAAUCUUGGUCUCCGGGAGGAAAAAUCCAGAUCGAACCUGAAAAUAAAAUUACACUAUGCAAGAUCCAUGGAAAAUCACCAAAAAGCAAUGGAAUCGGGGUGGAGAAUGAGGAGAAACAACUCUCGGAAAUAUCAGCUUUAUCCGACGAAAAGCAGUGGCACGACGUCAACGUUUACCUGGGCCUGGCCAGCUGCCCAGGUUCAAAACAACCGGAAAAGCUGGAUGUAGAAUGUCAAGAUCAGAUGGAAAGGUCUGAAACCUCCCGUUGCCAGAAAAGCGAAGCCUGCCUGGGUGAAAAUGACUGCGAAUCGUCCAGGUGCUGCCACCCGAGUGACAUCGUCAUCCAGGCCCCCGGCCACAUGUCCGACGGGGAGUGGAUGAGUAUUUUCAAGCCUUCCAAAAUGCAAAGAAUCGUUCGCCACAAGUCUGUGUGCACUUGUUCAGAAGGCGUCAGUGGGACAAAGUAUAACUCCUCGACGAGUGAACUAAUUGCCAUCCAACAUUCCCACUGUUUGGGUUCUUCAAAAUCUGCCUUAAGAGAGGAUGAGACAGAGUCAUCUUCUGAUAAAAAGAACUCACCUAAGAGUUUGUUAGUCAGCAAAGAUGAAGCGACGUCCAAUGAAAAGAUUGUCUUCCGGAGUCUUUUCUGUAAACGUUCAGAAACUACAGCAGGAGCAGAACUCAGAGGUCUCAGAAGAGUCAGCUCAAAGAAAUACCUCUGGCAGUUACUGAGGAAAACAAAAGUCAACUUCAGCCUUCACUGUGAUGCUGGAUUUCUCAUCUAUGUGGAAGGCAGAAAGCAGACAGCAAUACCAAACACUUAG